GAAUGAUGUGAAGAACCAAAGGAGGUUAAAUGUUGUUUUACACGAGUGAAGAAGAACAAGGGAGAAGAUGAUCUUCUGGAUCCUGCUGCUCUUCAUCCUGACCUCCUCUUUCUCUGGAUCAUUUGUAGUGAAUGUGACACAGAGCUCCUAUCAGGCAGAGGAGAACCACAACAUCACACUGGAAUGGACGUUCACCACCAACACUCAACGCUCCUCAAAUGUAUUUCAUACCCUCUGUCGACUGUUCACUGAUGUCAGAGUCUCAGUCCUGUUUCACAUACAUGAAGGUGUGGAGGUUCCAGAGUCUCAGGAUGAACAGUUUGCAGGACGAGUCCAGUGGGACAAAGACGUCCUCAGAGAAGGACGACUCAGACUUCAUGUGUCCAGACUCAGGACUGCUGACUCGGGUCUGUACCUGUGUGACAUGCGCACAAGAGAUGGGAAGAAAUCUGGACAAUGUCACCUCAAUGUCACUGCAGAGAGGGAUCGGCCCAAACAUGAAAAACGCGUAUUAGGUCAGGGAACGGAUUCUUCACAGACAGAAAGUCGAGCACAACCAGAGAGUCUGGGAUGGUUCGUCCUCUACUGUGUACUGGGACUGAAAGCAGCUGUACUGGUUUUGUUAACACUUGAUCUCUACAUUGUAAAAAAGAUUUCUACUCGGCAAAACCAAACAAACAGCAUCCAAAACGAGGCUGAGUUAUUAAGCCUUUAAGUGUUUGCACAUUAAGAUCCUGAUGUGGACUUCAGUCAGUCCACCUCAGUGUGUAUGACACAUGUGUAUAUCUGUGGAUUAACAUCAACAUUAAAGUAUGAACGAAAAUAGAGGAAAUUAUGAUUUAGUGAUAUGAGAGUCAGUACAAUAGUAGUAAUGUAUUCAACAAUCUGAACUAACAACACGACUAUAAUCAUACAAUCUAUUUAAUAAUCACAGAGUUCAAUAAGGAGCACAUUAAAGUGACUAAGUGAUGGAAAAAUGAGCAAUUAGCUGACAUCAACAAGGCAAUGCAAAGUGAUUUACAUAAAAAACAAAGAAAACAAUUAAAGAAUAGUGACAUUUAAUAAUGUAUUUUCUGUCCUCCUGCAUAGCUCCUGUGCAACAUAAGAAUACAUGUUUAUUAAUAAAAUGGUUGUGAACAGAAAUGUCUUCAGCCCUGAUGUAAAAGAACAGAGAGCUGAUGUAAACCAGUUCUUAUUUACAGUCUGUGGUCACAGCUUUGUUCAGGAAAUAACAAUCAGACAAACGUAGUAGCAGGUAACCAUAGCAACACUAUUAAUGCUCCACUGAGCAGACAAUGAUUAAAAACAUCGUUACCUCUAAAAGAUGUGAAAUAUGUGUUCACGUUAUUGAGAUAAUGCUGAGAAGCAUAUUUACUUUUAUGUAUAUUUAUUCUGUGCUUUUCUUAUUUCUUUACAUUUACCUUUUGCACUUUAAGCUUUAUGUGAUGAAUGUUUUUAUAAUAUUGAGAAACAAGCAGUUACUGUAAUAUUUGUACUUAUAUUUUUACUAAAUCAAAUAUAUUAAAUUAACUUUAAUGACUGUUUAUAUCUUGAAAAUGUUGACUUAUUAUAAUGUUCUCCUGGAUAAUUUGUGGAAUUGUUACAUCUAAUGGAAAAACUGUUUUUAGUCAUGAUACACUUUUUAUUUUGAUUAAUUAGACC